AUGGACACAGCCAUUGACCUUUCAGACGCCUCCAAGGCCCUGGAUCUAGCCAACAUCCGGUUCCAAUUGAUCCGUCUUGAAGACACCAUCACCUUCCACCUGAUUGAGCGCGUCCAAUUUCCCCUCAACAGGCCCAUUUACGUCCCCGGCGGUGUCAAGAUCCCCGAUGACAUCCCUCUCAUGGACUAUCUGCUCCGCGAGCAGGAGCGUAUCCAGUCGCGUGUACGUCGCUACCAGUCCCCGGAUGAAUAUCCCUUCUUCCCGGAUGUCCUUGAAGAACCGAUCCUAGCGCCGCUGGAGUAUCCCAAGAUUCUCCAUGACAAUGACGUGAACGUCAACGAUAUCAUCAAACAGCGCUACAUCGAGGAUAUUCUUCCCGCUGUCUGUCCGCAAUUUGGACGCGAGGAUCGCGGCGAGACGCAGGAGAAUUAUGGGUCCGCUGCGACCGCCGACGUUAGCUGUCUGCAGGCGCUGUCUCGGCGCAUUCACUUCGGCAAGUUCGUGGCCGAGUCGAAGUUCCAGAAGGAGCCGGAGCGAUUCGUCAAGAUGAUCAAGGCGAAUGAUCGGGCUGGAAUCGAUGACGCUAUUACGGACGCAAAGGUCGAGCGGAAGGUGCUGGAGAGACUGGCGCUGAAGGCGAAGACUUACGGAACUGAUCCCGCAUUCGCGACCGAGACCGGCUCCAAGAUCAAUGUGGAGGCCGUCGUUGCCAUGUACAAGGAAUAUGUCAUCCCCUUGACUAAGGUCGUAGAGGUAGAAUACCUUAUGCAACGCCUGAAGGGAACUCAAUGGGAAUAA